GGCUGGGCGGGGCUGGCUCCUUGGGCUGAGGGAUUGGCCGGAGGGUCAGCAGCACAGCAGCGGUGCCCAAACUGGGAGCGGAAGAAGCUGGUGGCGGCCUCCUGGUUGGUCUUGCGAGGGGAGAGCGGGGCAGCCAGAGAGCCCCGCCAGGGAGAAGCCAUGCUCCGGGGAGCCCUGCUGAGACUGCUCCCCUCCAAGCGGGGCCUCCGAGAGCCCGCCUUCCCUCGGCCCUUUGCCUCCUCCGGCCAGAGCUCUCAGGGCUGGGAAGAAAAACCAUUUUCUUUAGAAGCCAGAUGGAAAGAUACAGCAGAAACAUUAAUUAUUGGAGGAGGUUGUGUUGGUGUGAGUCUUGCUUAUCACCUGGCCAAGGGUGGCAUGAAGGAUGUGCUUCUUUUGGAAAAAUCUGAACUCACUGCUGGAUCUACUUGGCAUGCAGCAGGUUUGACAACAUAUUUCCAUCCUGGAAUAAAUCUGAAGAAAAUCCAUAAUUACAGCAUCAAGCUUUAUGAAAAGCUAGAAGAAGAAACAGGACAGGCUGUGGGUUUUCAUCAACCUGGAAGUAUUAGACUUGCUACAACCCCAACAAGAGUGGAUGAGUUUAAAUACCAAAUGACUCGUGCUGGUUGGCACCAAGGAGAGCAAUAUCUAAUUGAGCCAGAGAGAGUCCAAGAAUUAUUCCCUUUAUUAAAUAUGGAAAAGGUUUUAGCAGGUUUGUACAAUCCUGGAGAUGGCCAUAUUGAUCCUUACUCGCUCACUAUGGCCUUGGCUGCAGGGGCCAGAAAAUAUGGUGCCCAGUUAAAUUACCCGGUCCAAGUAACUAAUCUAAAACCAAGAGCAGAUGGGACCUGGGAAGUUGAAACUCCACAUGGAAUAAUUCAAGCAAACAGAAUUGUGAAUACAGCUGGUUUCUGGGCUCGUGAAAUAGGCAGAAUGAUUGGAUUGCAUCAUCCACUCAUACCAGUUCACCACCAGUAUGUUGUCACUGCAACUAUCCCUGAAGUGAAAGUCCUGAAAAAUGAACUGCCUGUGCUUCGAGACUUAGAAGGUUCAUACUACCUAAGACAAGAAAGGGAUGGACUUUUAUUUGGCCCAUAUGAAAGCCAAGAAAAAAUGAAACUACAAGAAUCCUGGGUAGCAAAUGGAGUACCACCAGGUUUUGGCAAAGAGCUUUUCGAAUCUGAUUUGGACCGAAUAAUGGAUCAUAUUGAAGCAGCAAUGGAAAUGGUUCCAGUCCUGAAACAAGCAGACAUAAUCAAUGUCGUUGCUGGUCCUAUAACAUAUUCUCCAGAUAUUUUACCUAUGGUGGGACCUCAUCAGGGUGUUCUAAAUUACUGGGUGGCUGUUGGUUUUGGAUAUGGCAUCAUCCAUGCAGGUGGCAUAGGAAAAUAUCUUAGUGACUGGAUACUCAGUGGUGAGCCACCUUUUGAUCUAAUAGAAUUAGAUCCAAAUAGAUAUGGAAAAUGGACAACUGUCGAGUAUACAGCAGCAAAAGCAAGAGAAUCUUAUGGAUUUAACAAUAUUGUUGGUUAUCCUAAAGAAGAAAGAUUUGCUGGGAGACCUACAGAAAGAGUCAGUGGGCUUUAUGAAGUCCUUAAAUCCAAAUGUUCCAUGGGAUUCCAUGCAGGAUGGGAACAACCUCAUUGGUUCUACAAACCAGGAGAUGACACUGGAUACAAGCCUAGUUUUCGACGCACAAACUGGUUUGAACCAGUGGGUCGUGAAUAUAAACAGGUGAUGGAAAAAGUGGGUGUGAUUGAUCUUACUCCAUUUGGCAAGUUUAGCAUCAGAGGCAGUGAUUCUGUUAAACUUUUGGAUCAUCUAUUUGCAAAUGUGAUCCCCAAGGUUGGUUUCACAAAUAUAGGUCAUAUGCUAACCCCAAGAGGCAGAGUCUAUGCUGAGCUCACAGUCUCUCAUCUGAAGCCAGGAGAAUUUUUGUUGGUUACUGGUUCUGGAUCAGAGCUUCAUGACUUGAGAUGGAUCGAAGAGGAGGCAGUUAGAGGGCAAUAUAAUGUUGAGAUCAAAAAUGUUACAGAUGAAAUUGGAGUAUUAGGUAUAGCUGGUCCAUAUGCCCGUGAAGUUCUCCAGAAGUUAACAACAGAAGAUCUCUGUGAUGCUUCAUUUAAUUUUCUACUGUCCAGACAUGUUAAAAUUGCUGAUAUUCCAGUUACUGCAAUUAGAAUAUCCUAUACAGGUGAACUGGGCUGGGAGUUGUAUCACAAACGAAAAGAUUCUGCAGCUUUAUAUUCUGCUAUCAUGGAAGCCGGCCACGAACAUGGAAUCGACAACUUUGGAACAUAUGCAAUGAAUACAUUAAGACUAGAAAAAGCUUUUCGAGCCUGGGGAGCAGAGAUGAAUUGUGACACCAAUCCUUUGGAAGCUGGACUGAAAUAUUUUAUAAAAUUAAACAAGCCAGCCAACUUCAUAGGAAAGCAAGCAUUGAAGCAGAUUAAAGAAAAAGGGCUUGAACGGCAACUUGUGUAUCUCACCUUGGAAACAGAUAAUGUUGAUCCAGAGGGGAAUGAAAGUGUCUGGUAUAACAACAAGGUUAUUGGCAACACCACAUCUGGAUGUUACAGCUAUAGCACUCAGCAAAGUUUGGCCUUCGCAUAUGUCCCCGUGGAACUCAGCAAAGUUGGGCAGAAAAUGGAAGUUGAACUGUUAGGGGAAAAAUAUCCAGCCACUAUUAUCCAGGAACCACUGGUCAUGACUGAGCCAACUAGAAUGCGACUUCAGAAGACGGGCAUAAGGAAUACUAAAACAUAAACAACAGCAGAUGUGUAAUUCUUUCCUACUAAGAGCCUAGGUUCCAUUAACAUCUGUGUCAGAUUUAUGCACAGGCUAAAUAAGCUAAUCAUAGUGCCUGAGUUUUGGAGGUGUUUUUUAAUGAGGAAAGAUACAAAAAUAAUAGAACAAUGAAAAAAAUAAUUGGUAAUGAUAUGGGGUCUUUUAAAUUUGACAUAGCUUGGGACCCCAGCAUGUAUUAAAUUGCAUAUGACAUAUAUGACUAGAUUUUAAACUCAGUCCAGGUGUUCAUCCUCAACACAAUGAUAAUCAUGCAAGCUGGAAAAUGGUUGUUGACCUGCCCUUCCUCUCUUGCAUUCCUGUCUCUCAGUUCUGUCAUCUUCUAGAGGGAUAAAGGCCUGCUGCUUUAUUUGGGUGGGCUUCCCACAUGACUUAGUUCUUUUCAUGACCAGGGUCUAAAUUGCACAGGGAGCCUACCGAAUGGAACAGAUUCUUCACUGCAGAGGUCAUUCAUCAAAAGCAUGCAUGGAGCACUAGGAACCAGUGAGGGGCAUGGCAUUUCCAAUCAUGGGCAUAGUUGAUUGUGAGUUGAUUACAAACUGCAAAUGAAAUACAAACCUACACAUGAAAUAUGCAAUAAUAAAAUAAUUUAUGUUUACUAAUAAUUAAGAAACCAUAUGUGAUUUUUACUCUUUAGUUUCAUUAGAUUAUGACAUGAAAGCCCCCACUUAAUGGAUGGCAUAUUUGUAAGAGUGUAGAUAGCACACAUUGCAAGGAACUACAAUUUUCUCUUGAGUGUAUUUGUCUGGGCACUCAGCCAAUUGGUGGCCAAGGGGAGUUGUCAUUCCCCUCAGCAGAUUCUAUGAAGCAUAGGCAUCACUGAUGUCUGUCUGAGGUUGAGAGAAAGAAACUUCUGGCACUCUUCUUGCCUUCACUGUUUAAUUAGAAUCAAACCAAUCCUAUGUUUCAAACUUGUUUGAUUGUCAUGUUUUAAAAUUUUUACUCUGCA